GUCUGAAUACUUUCCGAAUGCACUGUAGAUAUUCACAGAUUUAUAAAUCACACCCACGUCAUUGAGUUUGACACAGAACGACACAGCUGGGCAUCUCAGUAUUAAUCUGACUAGUGCUAUAAUCCUGUCACUUCCUAGGAUACAGAGAUGAGAGCCAAUCAAGACCAGGAGGCCUUGAGAGCUCUCAGAGUGCAGGCAACAGAGUAUACUACCAAGGUGAGGUUUUUGGAGACAGCCCUGACAACAUGCCAGGAUGAGUUGAGCGACUGUAUGCAACAGAUAAAGGGAGUGAAGGGACGCUACGAGAGAGAGCUGGAGACGAGCGCUAAAGAAGUGGAGGCUCUGCAGGCGGAGAUGAGGGGUAGCUCUCUGGUGUGUCAGAGCUCCAGUGAGCAGAACUUGCAGCUGCAGCACACCGUCCAGAGACAGCAGACCAUGCUGCAGGAGAGCACCUCCCGUGUGGCAGAGCUAGAGGACAGACAGGCGCUGUUACUUGAGCAGGUGGGACGCUUGGAGAAGGACCUGGAGAAAGAGAAGGUGUUAGCCUUCAAAGAGCUGAAGAGGAGAGACCAGAGAGCCCAGGAGGCCAUAGAGGGACUGCAGGAGGCUAGUCAGCAGGCAGCGAGACAUGAGAGAGAAGCCCUGCAACUCUCCAACUCUGUCACGCAGUUGUCAGAGGACAUGAAUAAGGUUCAGGGAGAGCUGAGUGAGCGAGAGCAGCAGAUGCUGCUUAUACGGAGAGACAGCGACACCAAGGCCUUACAGCUCUCUAAGAUGGAGAAGAUGCUAGCCGAGACUAGAGGAAAGCUGUACAAGAAGACAGAGUCUGGUACGGAAAGUAAAGGGCGGGACAACCGAGACAAUAUGGUCCAGGAUCUGGAGGAGAAGGUGCGUUUGACCAGGAAGGACAGGAGGAGCUCCCUCCACCGCACCCAGCUGCUGGAGAGCCAGAUGAAGACGGUGAAGGGAGAGCUGGUGGACACACUGGACCACCUGCAGGAGCUACGAGACCGGCUGAGAUGCUCACAGGCCAACGCAGAGCAGCGCAAAGUUGACAUGGAGAAACUGCAAGCAGGGAUGAGAUGGCGCCGACAGAGACGGUCGCCUCACUUCGAGUCCUUAAGUGUUAUUACAUACAGCCGGGAACUAUUGGAURUAAGAGCAACGUCAAUUUACAAACCUUACGACCAAGAAAACGACUUUCCUGAAGCACAUCCUCUGUUCGGACUACCACCCAGGACAUUGGAUCUAAUCCCAGAGGCCAACCCAAAACAAAGUCGCCGCAGAAAGGGGUAAAUGGAGCGGCCUCCUGGUCAGAAUUCGAAGGCGUGCACACCACCCACCACUUCUGCGUAUAUUAC